AACCCUUUCUCUUUAAAGCCGCCGUGGACGACAGGGCGUCCACUGUCUUUCGCAUGGAACCCUGUAAAAGUAAGUGACAUCCGGCAUUAAAAUCGAGGCUUUCUAUUCCGUUGGGCACCCAAAAGACUCGCAAUGAAGUCCGGUAUUCUGGCAAUGCCAUAUGUCGCAGUUUGCGUUAACGGGUCGUUAUCGUCGAAACGAUUGAUUCCACGUACGCUUUGGGACAGUCCAACGCGUUUGGAAUCUUUCAACAUCGCCGUUGGAAGGUUUUGGAGGGUGCAGGAACGGCGCGAAAGUGUUGCCGUCCGCAAGGGUUUAGCCGGACCGUCCGGCCGACCUUGGACCUCGAAGGAAGUGGCAGAGGGCGCGACCUCAUCUACGUUUCUUCGCUGGUCUCGAUAGUUCCUUGGGGGCUAGCAAGUGUCUCCGAUACAAGCUGACAUGAAAUCUCGUUCUUUGUUUGUGCGCCUACUCUUUCUGGAUUCUUACUUUCGAUCCGCCCAGUGUUUCUCGACAUUUUCUCUAAUACCUGAUCCAACUGGUGCUGCUUCAGCAUUGCUACACAUGUCAGCUACAGUUACUACAUCGAUGCAUGUUCUGUAAAUUGUUGACUGUGAAAGUGAAAACAAAGAGCCUUGCAUGAUUGGAACGGCAAUUAAACUCCACGCAAUCACUUUCAUUACAUCAAAAGGCUUUUUUAUUAAAAAGUAAAGGAUCAUUCUUGUCAAAAGCGGCAAACAAAAGGAGGGGCUCAACGAUUGAUAAGACGAAAAACUACUGACCGUUACAUUACGAUGCAGAGGUGCCGACGUCCCCCAGUCGUGGCGCUGACUGUGAAUUUGGGAAGUCCAACACUUGUCCGUCCUCUCAGAAUUCGAAAAUGUUCGUGCGGCAGAGCUCGAUGGAAUAACAACUGACACGUCUUUUCAUAAUUUUUCGAUCCCGAUGACGACGCGUACUAACGAAACAAAAACUUCCAUCAAGACAAGAGGGGCAGACGGAAUAUGCUGUUGAAACGAUGGCCGCCUUUCUAGAAAGUUGGCACGAAGCUGCCAUCACAUCACUUGGCCUUUUCUGGACCGCAUUUUGGGCAUUUGCGUUAGGCUACCUUAUCUCUUCUAUGAUCCAAGUUUUUGUGACGCGAAAAAAAAUGCAAGAACUCAUGGGCGUUGAAGGCGUAAAGUCAAUUGCCUUGGCAACUUUUUUCGGCUUUGUGAGCUCUUCGUGCAGCUUCGCCGCUUUGUCUGGAGCCCGUUCUCUUUUCGCCAAAGGGGCUGGCCUUGUACCAGCUUUGUCGUUUCUUUUGGCUUCGACCAAUCUCGUAAUCGAGCUAGGAAUCGUAAUUGCCGUCUUCCUGAGCUGGGAAUUUGUGGUUGGUGAAUAUGUCGGAGGGAUUAUUCUAAUUCUGUUAACGUGGCUCCUGGUCCAUUUUACGACACGGUUUGCUCCCGUGGAAGAAGCACGUCAGCGAGCGCUAAAGCAUGAAAAUGCUGGUAGCGAAGGCCAAGGUAGCCACGGCAAUCAAAGAAGACGGAAUGAAGGCGAGAGUAUGAAAGAUGGCGCAAGUCGCGACAAGAGGAACAGCGACACGGAAAGGGAGGUAGAAGACGGAGAUGCUUCCGACGAUGACGAUCACGAAUCCAGAGAUGAAGAUAACCAAGGUAGCAUGAAGCCGCACAAGUUUUUUGCCAAGGAUUCAUGGGAACAGGUGGCAAUGCGCUACUUCAUGGAGUGGAACAUGGUUUGGAAAGAUGUAACAGUUGGCUUUACUGUUGCUGGCAUUGUCUCCGCUUUUGUGCCCAAUUCAUUUUUCAAUUGGUUGUUCAUAAGCGGGGACGACCCAUCUUUCUGGGAAUUGCUCGAAGAAUGCUUGGUCGGCCCUGUUGCUGCCUUUUUCACGUUUAUUGGCUCCAUGGGAAACAUUCCACUGGCCGCGGUCCUCUUUGAGAACGGCGUUUCGUUUGCCGGGAUAAUGGCAUUUAUAUUCUCAGACCUUGUUGUGAUCCCCAUCAUUCGAAUCAAUGCAAAGUACUACGGAUUGAAGAUGGCGUUGUACAUUUUAGGAGUCUUUUUGACUGUGUUGGUCGCCACGGCACUGAUUUUGUACUAUGUCUUCGACGUCAUCGGAAUCUUACCGUCUCCGGAAAGCGUUGACUCUUUGAGCGAACGGGACUUUUUUGAACUCAAUUAUACGUUUGGUUUGAACAUCAUCUUCCUCGUAAUGUCUGUUGGCCUGUUUGGCUGGUACUUUGCAAAGCAUGGCUUUGGCUGGUCGAUGGGCGGCACCGUCAUCGAGAUUGGGUUGUUUUGGCUUGCUCUGGCUUCGUACAUAUGGUUGAUUGGUGGAUUGCUUGCCAUUGUUUAGAUUGAAGAUUUGUAUUCGUUGAUUCAUGUAGCAGUACUUACUUUUCUAAAGCCACAUCUGAACGUUUUCUGAC